AUGAGCAAAAAUCAAUUUAGAAUUAUUGUCGGUUCGUAUGAGCACAAUCUUUUAUGCCUUUCGUUAGAUCUUUCUACUACAACUAAACCAAUUUUUACACCAAUCUUCCAUUUUCAAGCUCAUUCUUUAAGUAUUAAAUGUUUGGAUAUAUCAAAGAGGUAUUUAGUGAGUGGUUCCAAUGAUGAACAUAUCAGAAUAUAUGAUCUUCAGAAGAGAAAAGAACUAGGUACAUUGUUACAGCACCAAGGUUCUAUUACAGCAUUGAAGUUCUCUCAAACUGAAGAUAAAAGUAACAAUAAAUGGUUACUAUCUGCCAGUGAAGAUCAUAAAAUUAUUAUUUGGAGAGUUAAAGAUUGGGAAAACUUUGGCACAUUAAAAGGUCACACUGCAAGAAUUAAUGAUUUAGAUAUUCAUCCAUCAUCUAGGAUUGCAGUUAGUGUCUCUGAUGAUCAUUCUAUUAGAUUAUGGAAUUUAAUGACUGUUAAGAAGGCUGCUGUGUUGAAAUUAAGGAAAUAUAAUCAGAAUGGGCAGUAUGUUAGAUGGUUAGGGGAAAAUGGAGAAUAUUUUGCAGUUGCAUUGUUAAAUAGAAUAUUGAUAUAUUCUACUAGUGAUGCCAAGGUACAUUAUGAGUUAGAUACGGGUAAAAAGACUAUUUUGCAUAUUGAAAGAGUUCUUCUAGAUGAAGCUAAAAAUGAAUACCUUUGUGUUGGGAUAAGUGAUGGUAGUAUUCAAUUUUAUCCAACGAAAAAAUUAUUUUUGGAUGAACCAAAUAUUAAAGAACCAGAGUUCUCUUUACUUGGUCAUACCAAUCGUGUUAAGGAUUUCCAAUUUUACCAAAAUGAAUUUGGUACUUAUUUAGUGUCAAUUGGUUCGGAUGGUAGAAUUGUAGUAUGGGAUAUGAAGGAUAGAGAACAAAUUGCAGUAUAUGAUUGUGGUGAGAGGUUGAAUUGCCUUGCAGUAUGCGAUGAGUCUAUUGAAAAGUACGAGACAAUGAAAAAGAGGACACUGUUGGAAAAUGUGGAACAAAGUGAAGCCGAACUGAGCGAUACAGAAGAAUUGAAGAAAGUGAUGUUCGGUACUAAAAAUAAGAAUAAAAAGAAGAAGAAGAGUAAAGGACAGAAUAAGAGACAAAAGGUAUCUGUUGAAUUGGAAUAA